AUGCAUAUCCUCUCCGCCUCCUCCAUGCUUGCUCUUUGCAGCAUAGUGCUAGCGAAAAAUCACCAGUUCUGUGCCUGUCAGUCUGCUACUGAUGGAAGCAUCAACAUUGAUGCUACCGCACAGGUUCGCAGUCUUCACAGCACUGAAUACCUUUGGGUCAGGCUGAAGGAGAUUAUUGGGUUGCCCAUGACAAGGGUCCCGGACCCCGAUUUGCAGGCGCAUUUGUAA